AAUAAGAAAUAGUUACCAAAAGCAAAUUACAUAUGUCAAAGUGCGUCAUCCCGCUCUGCGCUGCAUUUACAAAAACAGUGAAAAAUCUUACAUUUUUUAUAAAUGAGAGACAUAAUAAGAAGAAAUGGGCGCUAAAACUGCGGUUAAAUUACGGAACAGAGGUGCCGCGUAUAAAUGUGAUCUAUGCGGACGUAAACUUAUGACACCCGACGCGCUCGUAGUACACCAGCGUACCGCGCACAAUAUUAUAACGAGAAGAACUAAGCCUAAACAGAUCAUUAAACCAAUUAGAUCACCUAAGGUUCAAGUUAAAGAGAAACCUGUGAAGAAAACACUCACACCACUUAAAAAUGCACCCAAAAUCAGUGAUAAAAAACCCAAGGAAGUGGUCAAAAGUGAGCCGAUUACUGAUGAAGUAAAUCCGGAAAAUAAGCCUGAAAAGAAGAAGAAAACCGUCGAGUUCGAAUGUCCCAAAUGUUUUAGAGUGUUUUUGACGUAUUUCCCAGCACUUAAACAUAUUCAAAAGUACCACUGUGUUAACAGACAGGGGACCAAAGUGCCACCAAACUCGCCCAGCCUGAUCCAACCAGUGCGUAUUGAGCUGUGUCUAAAAUGCAAAAGGAAAGUAAAGUCAAUACAGACUCACAUCUGUGACAAUACAGUUAAAGAGAAGAGCGAGGGCCAAGUGUUUAUUUGCAUGGCUUGCGAGGAAUGGUUUCCAAAUUUAAAGAGUUUUGACACACAUGUACUGUGUCUGCACGGUAAUGAAGUAGAGAGUAUGUUCUUCCCCACAAACGUAGAGUUCACAAAAUGGAAAACGGAAAUGGAAGCUCAAACGAAUGCCAGUUACGCCAUCCUCGACAAAUAUGACUCAAAAAAGUACUACCAUUGCAACUCUGUUAAUGAAAACAAUGAAAAAUCAAGUAAUACAUAUUUCUGCCCAUCGACAAUUGUCAUCCAAGAAUUUUCAAAAGGUAUCCAAGUACAUUUCUAUAAACAACAUUUUAAACAUAGCGUCGUAGACUAUACACUAUCAGAUAAAUAUAAAAAGUAUUCCAUAACAUCUUUCCUAAAACGUUCCGAGGAAUAUAAUAGCUUACCAAAUUUAGAAUUCGAUGACAAUGAUAUGUAUCUCCAGUUCAAAACGUUAAUGGAAGGUAUAGUAGUUGAUGCAGCUAAAAUAAAUAUAUCAACGUUAAAGAUUCUAGUUGGUAAAGCGUUAGAUAUGACAUCAAUUUUGACCAACUACGAUGAAGAAGUUGAUGACACUAAUGUAGAUAUACAUAAUACAAGUCACAAUAUGAACGACUCACAGAUAACUAAAGCGCUUGAAGAUAAUAAUCUAAAUACAGGCAAACGGAAAAAUAGUAAUAAAAUUGAAAGUAUUACAGAUGUAAAGAAAACAAAGAUUGAUUCUAUCACCCAAGAAAGGGACACAGAUACGUCAUCACCAAAAAUUUUAAAUUCAUUCUCAUUAGCGGACAACGUAGAUGCUAUCAAUGAAUUAAACAAAGACGAUGAUAUGACAAAUAAUUCUGUUAUAGAUACAAUAAAAUCUAACGACACAGAUAAGAAACCAUUGAAACAGUUGAAAGAUCUCGAUCAAUCGCCGUCUUCCUUCAAUGAUUCAUACAAAGACUUUGUCGUUAAAAAUUUCCCUGCUAAAGAUGCGGAAGUAAAGACACGGAAUAGAGUUGGGAGACCGGUUGUUAAAACUAAAAUAGGUCAAUUCAAACCCAGUUUGUCGCCAAAGUCACCCGUUAAAUUAGAAGCGAAGAAAAUUGAAACAGACAAAUUGAAUAGACUUAGUAUCGACAAACCUAAAGUUGAUUUUGAAUAUGAAGUCAAAGAACAGGAGGAAGGAUGUAACAUAUUAAUAUUAAAAAUAUAAUUAUAUGUUUUUGUAUAUAUUGAUAUACUGGAUCGACUGUUGUUUCUGUCUAUAUUAAGUUUGAAUUGUGUAAAAUAUAUAAGAACUAUUUUUUCAGACCGCAUUGUAGACAUAAACCUUUAUGGUAUAAUAUUUUAAUUAUUCGGUAAAAGAGGUUUUAUAUAUAAUAUUUAAAACAAGUCAGAUGUGUUGUCUAGUAAUUAGUAAACUAUGACAUACUCCAUAUUAAACAUAAAUUAUUUAUCAUCACUAAAUGUAAUGUUAAUGAUUCUGACAAUAUCUUUUACAUUUCUUAUGACAGAAAAAUGUUUGAUUAUAAAAUUUUGUAUAACAGUCACUCGGACAAUAAGAGAUACAGUUGAUGUCCCACUGUUAUGUUAAUAAUUAAGUUACUGUGGACGCGCAAGAAUUUAACAUCUUAUUUCCCAAGCAAGGGUCAGGAAGUAUGGGGUGAACGCUUACCAUUAGGCCCCUUGUCAGUCAGUCAAAGAAAAUGUAAUAAAACCUCCUUUGGAUUGGACAAUCUGUACUAAUAUUAUAAAUGCUAAAGUAACUCUAUCAGUCUGUUGCUCUUUCACGGCCAAACCACUGAAUCAAAUAAAGCAAGCCUGCACUCCAAGGAAGGACAAAGACUGUUCAUUAAUGCCUAAAACGUAAUGAACAACACCCUAAAACACGAGCAGCACCAGAGGCUAGCAACUAGUAUUUCAUAUGUUUAUCCAUUUGACAGCAUUAGUAAGGUCUGAGCCCUUUAAAGACGAAGAAGCCGGCCCAGUUGAGGGAUAUGGGAUAUUCAAAACUGUACGAUCAACUGUAAGUAUGUGAUUGUAUAUUUUACAUAUAGCGAUUUUUAUUACUGAAUAAUUUGCAACCAAUCAAAAUUUGUUACUCGGAAGAUAUGUUAAUUAAUUAUUAAUAAUUGUAAAUUAAAAAAUCAAACGGCUGUUUAUUGUAACAUUGUUGCUAAAUGUAUAUUUAAAAAAAAAGAAAUCAUAUGGA